CUUCAAAAAAAAUUAUAUACAAUUUAAAUUUAUUUAAAUUUAUAUUUAAAUUUAAAUUUAUAUUUAAUUAAAAUUAAUAAUUAUAUUAAUAAUAUAAUAAUAAUAUAAUAAUGUAAUAAUAUAUAUAUAUAUAUAUAUAUUUAAAAUCAAUUUCAUAUUAUAUCAAUUACAUUUUUUUUUCUUUCAAUUCAUCUUAUACUGAAUAACAUACCGAUUGAUAUAAUUUCAAAAUUCAUUUGCAAUAUUCGUGCACGUGUAAGUUUGUUAUUUCUAUGUAAUACUAAGCAACUUAUCGAUAAAAAGUGAAUAAUGAAGAGGAAUUUAUUUAUUUACAUAAGUGAAUGAAACAUAUGAUUAUAUAUAUAUGAUAUUCUAAAUAUUUUAAGUAUCUUUCUGUUUAUAAUUUGAGAUUUUUUUUUGAGAUUUAUAAAUUUAGGUUAGUAAGUUCAACGAAACUAUAUAUUAAAAGCAGAAAAUUAUAUAUUAAUUUGAAUGACAUUUUUCUAACAUGAUUUUAUAUUUGCGCCAAUCAUUAUUAUACAUAACUAAAAAAUUUUAUACAAUAAAUAUAGAUAAGACAAAACAAUUUGAUACAUUUUGGAAUUAUUUAACGGAAAAUUAUAAAAAUGUAUUAGUAGAACCUAGUAGUACAUCAAAAGAAAUAUGGAAAAGUAUGAGAAAUUAUAUUGAAUCAGAAUGUGAUAAUUUGUCAAUUCUUGAUUCUUUUAUUUUGAAUAUGUUCUAUUAUAAGAAUCAUCCAAAUGUUGGAAUAUAUUAUUAUAAAUUUUUAGAAGAUAAUAAUUAUAAUCCUACAGUACAUACCAUAACAAGAUAUUUGAAAUUAUAUCAUCUAAAAAAUGAUUUAAUUACAGAAACAGAUAAAAAACAUAUUUUAAGUAUAUAUAAUAAACUUAUGAUUCAAUAUACUUCGUUUAAUGCAAAUAUCAGUAAUACUUUUGUUAAAAGCUUAUGUCAAAUAAACCAAUGGAAGGAAGCUAUUAAAGUUAUAGAAAAAUACGAAGCAAUUGAUAAUAAUCACUUGCUUCAAGAAGCAUACAAUGACUUAAUUUCAUAUUUGUUUGAUCAUGAACAAGAAAAGUUAGCAUAUGAAUACUUAAUUAAUUCUAUGAAAAAAAAAACAGGACCUGAUGGAAAUAAUAUAUGUAUUACAUAUUUAAAAUAUUGUUUAAAAGAAAAACAUACAUUUAAUGAAAAAGUUGAGAAAAUGUUCAUGUUAUGGAAUACGUAUGGUAUUAAACCUACUGAGAAUAUUGUAUUAGAAUAUAUGACAGCAUGUAUCGAACAUGGUUGGAUUGGUAGUCAAACAACAAUAUUAAAUUCAAAAUGCAGUAAAUGUAACAAAAUUCUAUCACAAAUGAAUGUAUCUGAACAAGAUUUUAAAUAUUUACUUGAAGCUAUAAAAAAAAAAUUUGCACCUGAUAACAUGUAUUAUGUAACGUUGCCAAAAGAAAUAAAAGAAUUUAUAACAUUUAUCGAUAAAAAUAAACCAUUUGAUAUUAUUAUUGAUGGAUUAAAUGUUAUUUAUACUCAAAAUUAUAAAAUAUAUAAAUAUAAUCUCAUAGAACUCAUUAAAACUUUUGAAAAACAGAAUAAAAAAAUUCUGAUCAUUGGAAGAAAACAUAUGAAGAAUUUUUUCGAACAAUUAAAUAUAAAAAUAAAUACUUUUUAUGUUAACAAUUGGUCACAUGAUGAUUUAUUCGUAUUAUAUGCAGCAUUUUCAAGUGGAAAAAAUGCUAUAGUUAUUUCUAAGGAUUUAAUGCGUCAACAUAAAUUUGCUCUUGAAGAUACUGAGCUAAGUAUUCUCUUUAAUAAAUGGCAAUUUUCGCAUCAAUAUAUUUUUGAUAAAUACAGAGGUUUAAUAAAAUUAAAUUCACAAGUACAAAUUGACGCGGUUGCUCAUAAACAAGAUAAUUAUUGGCAUGUACCAUAUAUUACUAAAAUUGGAAAUCGACAAAGACAUACAUGUUCUAAUCAUUGGAUUUGUCUCCAAAUGCAUAAAUAAAAUGAUAUAUUUAUUCAUA